CGAGGCGCCUUCAGACCCCCGUAGAGUAGACAGGCAGAGCGAGCGAUCGAGACGUUUCGGAGGCUGGAAGGCAAAUCUCCCUUUUGGGUUUAGUUGGCUGCACCGUAAUUGUCUUGUCUCCCGGGCAGGAGCCAUGGACGAGCAGGAGAGGCAGAAGAAGCUGGAGGCCGGCAAAGCCAAGCUUGCACAGUUUAGGCAACGAAAAGCAUACUCUGAUGGACAGCAUGCAUUUAAGAAGCAGAAGAAGAAGAAAAAGAUAACGAAAAUCAAAGAUGAAGAAUUUAUACAAGAAGGUUUGGAUAUUAACCAAUUGCAAACAGAAGAAGCGUCCCCACAUAGCUUUCAAAGAGGAGCAGCUGCUACAUCUGAAUCUGUUACAGUGAGAACUUUGCACAGUGAUGAAAUGAUUAAGCAUGAUCAAACAUAUUCCACAGAACUAGAAAGUGAGUUUUCCACUCCAGCAGAUGAUUACAGCUCAGAGAUAAAUGGUGGCAAUUUUUUGACAAGAACCGAUGUACCUUCUGACUUUAUUAGGGAAGAAGAAUUGGAAUUUGGAGAGAAGUAUACUGGUCAUGAGGUGCAGAAUACUGUAACAGAACUGGAGAUGAUGAAGAAUGAAUUGGCUGGAAAGCAGCAAGAGAUUGAAGAGCUAAAUAAAGAGCUAGAAGAAAUGAGGGCAGCGUAUGGUACAGAUGGGUUGCAACAGCUUCAGGAAUUUGAAACUGCUAUCAAAAAAAGAGACAACAUUAUAACUCAGCUCACUGCUAAUCUGCAGCAAGCCAGGAUGGAAAAAGAUGAAACUAUGAGGGAAUUUUUGGAAUUGACAGAACAGAGUCAAAAACUGCAAAUUCAAUUUCAGCAUUUACAGGCAAGUGAAACUUUAAGGAACAGUAGUCACAGCAGUACAGCGGCUGAUUUACUACAAGCAAGGCAACAGAUAUUUGCCUAUCAGCAACAGCUUGAAGAACAAGAGCAGCUAUUGAGAAACUAUCAGAAGAAAAAUGAAGAUUUUGAAGUGCAGGUUUCCCUUCUGCAACAUAAAAUCAUGGACAUGGAAAAAUGGAAAGAUGAAGAAGAUUGUUCUACAAAGAAGAAAAUGAAUGAACAACAAACAACUAUUGAACAACUGGAAGCAAAAUGUACAGAACAUGAAGAAAAUAUAUUUCUAUAUCUGAAAAAAAUAUCAAUUGCUGAGAAAUCUCUAGAGGAAUUAAAAGAAGAGACUUUUCAAAAGAAUCAAGAGCUGGAUAAUGUAAAGCUUGAACUAACAAUUUCUAAACAAAAAGAAAGGCAAUGCUCUGAUGAAAUAAAACAGUUAAUGGGAACUGUGGAAGAACUGCAAAAGCGAUUUCACAAAGAUACCCAACAUGAGAAUGAUAUCAAAGAAAAAAUGGAAUUUGAAGCCCAAAGGAAACUUGCAAAUCUCAGGGCAGAAUUAGAAGAAAUGCAUGGCCAGCAGAUUGUACAAUUGAAGCAAGAAUUAAUCAGAGAACAUUCAGCAGAAAUCGCAAAACUCCUUGCCCAACAAAAAGCAGAUUUAGAGAAAGUAUGCUCUGAUAAUACUAAUGAAGACCAAAUGCACUUAAUGAAUACUACAAUUAAUGAGUUGAAUCAGAUGCUUCAGGAUGCUAAUUAUCAAAAAGAAAAAGUAAAACAAGAAUUAUCCAAACAGGUUGAACUGUUAUCUUUGGAAAAAUCUUCUUUUCAAAAUCAAGUGGAAGAUCUUUGUCAAGAACUGAGCUUUGCAAGAGAACAGAUCCAAAGAGUUAAGAAGACUAUAAAUGAAAAAGAAUCCAAAUUGCAGCAAGUAGAUACGUUAAAAAUCACUAUUGGAGAUCUAAAAGCUCAACUUGCUUCAGCUUCAGAAAUCAAGAAAGAACUAGAAAUGAAACAUGAGGCAGAAAUUACAAACUACAAAAUAAAACUUGAAAUGCUGGAAAAAGAAAAGGAUGCUGUUUUGGAUAGGAUGGCAGAAUCUCAAGAAGCAGAACUAGAGAGAUUGAGGACUCAACUUUUAUUCAGUCAUGAAGAAGAAUUAUCAAAAUUGAAAGAUGAUUUACAAAUAGGACACAAAAUAAAUAUUGAAAAUCUUAAAGAUAAUAUGAGUAUGCAAGCUAAACAACAAUUAGAUGAUUUGCAAAAUGAAAUGAACAAAAAAUUAGAAGCUAUGCAAUUCGAAAAUGACAGCUUAAUAAAAAAUCAGAAUCAACUUACAUUAGAAAUAGCAAGACUAAAAGAUUUACCUACAGUAAUUACUAUUUCCGAAGAAAUGAUGCUUCUGGUAAAUAACCUCAAGGAAGAGAUAGAAGUUCUUAGACAAGAAGAAAAGAAAAAAUGUAUACUUGAACAGGAAAUUCAGGAGUUGCAACUUAAAACAGAAUUAUUUGAGAAACAAAUGAAAGAGCAAGCACAUUGUCUUCAAGAAAAGUAUUUAUUGGUUGAAGCACAAAAUAAUGUUCUUGAAGGUGAAAAUAAGGCUCUGCAAGACAAAUUAAACAAAUGCACAAUUAGGACUCUGGAAGGGAACUUGAUUUUAACUAGUGACAAUUCGAAUUCAGAGAAUUUUGAUUUACAAAACAGAAUAGACAAAUUAAUAGCUGAAAAUGAAAAACUUGUACGACAAGACAUCAAACAAAAAGAAGAGAUUGAUACACUAAAAAACUCCUUUUCACUUGCUGAAAUAAAUUUUAAUCAUAAUUACCAAGAACUCCAAGAAAAUUAUACUUCUCUUUUAAAAGUAAAAUUGGAUUUAGAAGACAGCAAGGACAAGAAUGAAGCUGAAUAUAAAACCAAACUCCAGGCUUUGAUGGAAAAGAUUCAACAUUUACAGGGAGUUUUUCCUGCUGGGUUGGAAACUAAAAGUACAGUUGUUCACAGUAAGAGAGAAAAAGUAUUAAAAGAUUUUGGGGAAGUUAUAGAAAAAGACACAACAGAACUUAUGGAAAAACUAGAGCUCUCUCAGCAUGAGAAUUUAGAACUUUCAUUAAGACUUUCUGAUCUUUCUGAACAGUUAAAAAUAAAGCAUCAUCAAAUCAGCCAAUUAAAUGCAGAGGUUAUGUGCCUAAAACAAGAUAAAGAACAAAUUUCAGCAAGGUGUAAAGAACUAGAAUUUGUAGUUAGUCAUAAAUUGGAGAAGAAUAUGAAUUCUUUUGAACAGGAAACAGAAAAUUGCAGUGGGGAACUAGCCAAAGACCAGCCUAUAGUUAAUGAACCUGGAAAUUUUAUUUCUGACUUCAAUCAGAAAUUUGACAGAUUGAUAGGAGACAAAGAAGAAAAAAUAAUACCAAGUGAGCUGUUGGCUCAUAGCAUUCCAGUGGAAGAGAUACUUCAACAAAAACUGAGCCCAGAACCAGAAUCACUGUUGGAUAACUUUAAUCAAAUGCAUGAAAUAACAGGAGACUCCAUGUAUAUGGAUUUUGUGCAAAGUGAAAACAAGCUAAAGGAACAGCUGGAUAUGUUGAAAACUGAGCAGAAUGAUUUAAAAUUGCAGAUGGAGGCCCAACGUAUUUGUCUCUCUGUGGUUUAUUCAGCGCAUGUGAAUCAGGUGCGUGAAUACAUGGAAAAUGAAAAAGAGAAUGCUCUUUCUGCUCUUAAAGAAGAUCUCCAGCUACGUCAUAUACAAGAGUUGUGUGAGCUAAAGAAAAGUCAGAUUGUGGAGAAUCAAAAAACAGAUGAAAAAGACCAGUCUGCAUGGGUGCAUCUGGAAGAACUUAGCAAGAAAGUAGUUGAAGAAUGUUCAAAGCUCACUAAGUCAGUACGUGAAAUACUUCCUGAACUUUUUUCAAAUGCUACUGAACUUGAUGUUGGUGAGAGAAAUCAAUAUAAUUCAGCAUUAAUGCCAACAGAAGACCUUCAAGUUUUGCAAGAAACCCUACAAAGUCUCCUGAAUAAUAUAAUGGAAACGUCCCAGAGGCUACUAGAAUAUCAAGUAGAAUUCAUAGAAAGCAGAAAAAAGAUGGAAGAUCAACAGACAUCCCAUGCUGAUUAUAAUGAUAAAGAGAUUGGCUCUCUUCAACAGAAUGUAGAACCUUUGCCUACUGCAUCUCAAGAUCUAGUUGGUAAAGGUAUUAAAAUUAAGUCAGUUUCUCAGGAAGAAGUAGAGAACUUGAAAUUUCAACUUGAAGAACAACAUGCCCAAGAAAUUGAACAUCUUCGAUCAUAUUUCCAUCAGCAGUUAAAAGAAACUGAAGAAAAAUAUUUCACAGAGAUAGUUCACCUACAGAAUAGACUCCAAAUUGCCAGCGAGACUUCUGAAAAUUCCAGUGUUUCUGUGGAGUCACAUGUAAAUGAAGAUAAGCAGGAAGCAAGACAUGCUGAAGGUGAUAUUCAAAAAAAUGCUGAGAAGAUAAUUGAGUUACCAAAUGAAGCUGAUGCAACUGAAUUGCUGGAAAAACAGUACCAAGAAAAGCUGCUACAAGAAGUGGCAAAGGUGGUUGUAACCAUGAGUAUAGAAUUUGCACAGAAAACUGAACUAGCAAGAAUUGCUAAUCUGGAAGAGGAAAAUUCACUGAUGAAACCAAUAGAAACUCAGCUGGAGAAUAAUUAUCAUAGAAAGGAAUAUCUAGAAGAAUUAAACAGUCACAUAAAUGAGAAGACAUGCACUAAGCCUGAAGAAUUGUGUGGUAAAAUGUCAUCCCUCGGAGGACAAUUUGAACUUGAUGCUAAAAAAGCUACACUAUAUGAAGUGCAACAUUUUAAUCCAAAGAUUUCAACAUACCAGUACUCUUCCUCCCAUGAAGAAAAAUUUAUUGAAAAGAUGCCUAUGAUUGCAAAUGAAGUUUCAACUUCCAGCAUUCUUACUUCAACCCAGAUAUUGUCUUAUGAGGAUCGUCUGGAAGAUAUGCAUCAAGAGCUUGUUCGUCAGUAUCAAGAACAUCAGCAGGCAACAGAAAUAUUAAAACAGAGUCACAUGCAGCAGUUGGAGAGGCAGAAAGAAAAUCAAGAGCUUCUCCUCACAGAGCUUGAUAGUCUUAAAUUACAGUUAGCAGAGAAUAUUAAUGAAAAUGUCAUAACAGAAAGAGAACAAAUGCUUUUAGAUGAACUAGAAUCACUAAAGAAGCAAUUAAUAGCUGGGAGAGAAAAGCAACUCUCUGAGUUAAAAAACAGCAGUACUCAAACACAGAAUGAAAGUGUGAAUCAGACUGAAAAUAAAGAGCAUGUUUUAGAAGUUGAAGAUGGAGAAGAAAAACAUGGACAAACUUCUGUCGACAUUCUUUCAAAAGAGAGAUGUACUUUGCAGAAAGCCAGUAGUAGGCUGAUGAAGAUUCUGUUGGAUAUUGUGAAGACUACUGCAGCUGUAGAAGAAACAAUUGGACACCUUGUUGUGAAACUUCUAGAUCAGUCACCAGAAUCUCAGUUCCUUUUUAAAAGUCUUGCAUGGGAGGCAAGAGCAGAAGACACCUUAAAACCAAGCAUUUACAUGGGAUAUGAGCCAGCUCUGCUUACUGUACUCCAGGUUGUUAUUUGUCAGAAGCUGAGCAGGGUCUCUUACCUGGUCAGUACUUAAGAUGGGUGAACUUCAAAGAGCAUCAGUUGCAUCAAAAGGCCAUCAUCUCAGUAUAUUGGCAAUGAUCUUGAAAGUCAAGACAAUAUCAUGUGGUCAGAAAUCACAGAUG